GGGAAUAAAAUCGCGGCGGCCAAGUGGGGUGUUGCUCGCAGCUGCUGGAUCACCGCCUGCUGAGUUUCACUCGCCUCGGAGCACACCAUGGCCGGGCACCUCCGCACCCCCCUGCUCCUGCUGGCCGCCCUGGCCCUGACCCUGGCACUGGCUGUGGACUUGGGUCCCAGGGCAAGCCGGAAAAAUGGCAAGUCUCCAAUGGUGGGCGGCCUGUUGGACGCCGAUGUCAACGAGGAGGGCGUGCAGCAGGCGCUGAACUUCGCCCUCAGCGAGUAUAACAAGGCGAGCAACGACGCGUACCACAGCCGCGCAAUGCGCGUGGUGCGCGUCCGCAAGCAGGUCGUGGCUGGAUUGAACUACUUCUUGGAGGUGGAGAUUGGACGAACCAGAUGUACAAAGUCUCAGCCCAACUUGGACAGCUGUCCCUUUCAUGACCAGCCACACCUGAUGAGGAAAACGCUCUGCUCUUUCCAGAUAUACACUGUCCCCUGGCUGGGCAAGACCUCCUUGGUGAAGUCCAGCUGCCAGGAUGCAUAGAGGACCCUAUGACAGGCUGGGCCACUCAACCCCCUUUCUCCCAUCCCUAUCCCCUUGUAGAGCUCCUAACCUUUAGAAGGUUGGCUUUGUCCAAGUGACAGCCCCUCAGUGUUGUAGUCCCAAGGGGCAAAUGGAGAAUUAUUCUGGGGGCAUUUUUUGAACAGCUAAGCAACUGUAACUCCUUUAAUUCCUUUCCAAAUGCACCAGUAUGUAGUACAUGUAUUCUGUUCUAUCUCAAUAAAAUGUAACAUCAGCUA